CUGAAGGUCACUGUCUGUGUUGCAUCGCUAAAAUAGGAAUAAUCCUUAAGAUGUUUUUCAGUGCUUUUAGCUGUUGUUAGAAUAAAAGACAUAAUGUUAGCCUCCUUAUCUUCAUGGAGGCUGCGAUUUUUAUGAAUGUGUUCCCUAAAAUAUAGUUAAAACAAUGGAAACGAAUUAUAUAUGAUUCGUUUCCAUCGUCCACUUCUGUGGAAUAUUGUAUUUUGGAGCACAUAAUGUUGUUAUACACGUGUAUAGGUAUCUAUAGAUACCUAUGUACCUUAUAUAGUAGAAAUGGCUAAGUUAAAAUUUAUGUACCAGUAAGUACCAGCAGACAAAUGACCCUGAACGCCUCAACCCCAUGAUAAAGGCGGUUUGUGCAUAUAUAUCUAUGAAAACAAUGAAUUAGAAUGUAUGAAGCUGUUACACGUUUGACAAAAAUACCACUUACUUUUGGUUUGGAGUGUCAAUGGAGUAACUUAACCACAUUCUAUACAUGUAUUCAGCAAGGCCUUCUAACCCUAACAAUAACCCUAGCGUCAAAAUGUUCCUAAGAUAACCAUUAUCUAUCUCAUACCAACCCUAAUGUCACCCUCACUAGGUUAACCUAACUUUAACUUGUCCUUAGCCUGAACCCUACUUCACUCUUUCCUAAGCCUAACGUAAAACUGUUCCAAUAUGUCAUUUAAUUACACAACACCUCAUUAGACAUGUUUCAUUCAUGAUUACAAUAUUAUUCGCUAGGUUUCACUAACUUGCUUACUGAGAGUUUCAAGGUCAUUGGUAUGGUUGCUCUCGGUUGGUGUUUGCUGGUGCUUAAAAUGUAACUUGAUUGCAGAAACUUCAACCCCACUUAGAAAUGUACAUCUUCUAGCUAUACAAAAAGGUAAAAGUGGGAAUUCCAUUGAAUAAAAAAUGUCUGCGAGUGCUAGCAGGGAAUCUUGUUUUGCCAUUGUUUUACGUAACCGUUGUACUAUUUGUUAGUUUAUUUACUUGAAUGCCUGUGGUGGUGAUCAAAACGUUUCGUGUGCCGCUGUUUUUUAUGGAAUCUGUUACCUAUCACUUAAGCAUAUUCAGCUUUAUGUCAGUGAGGAUAAUUAUUAGUGUCAGUUUUAUUGCAAGAUAUUGUUAGUAUUUAGGUUCCUAGCUCUGUACUAAUCGAAGCAAACAACUUUUUGUUGUAUACUUAAAAUAUUUGCUGUCAGCUUAACUUGCUGUUAUUUUUUUUAUCUAAAGACCACAUAAAGUGGUAUAAGUCAGAUAUGCCAUUUAUGCAAAAUAUGAGUGAACUAUAAUCAAACUGAUAGUUGUCUGUGGCUCCUAAAUCUGUAGUUCCUAUGAUACCACUUGAAUUUUGUAAUUUAUUUACAAUUCAAGUAUUCGUUACCAUUACAUCUUGUGGCUCGUUAGUUAAUAAACAAAUUCAGUGUUUUGAUGUUCGCUCCAUUUAAGCGAACACAACCGAAUUAUGGUACAUGACUUCAAAUAAAAAAGUCUUUAGCUUCCUCAUUUUGUGAAAAUCCUCCACGGUCAGAUUUCUUGCUGCAUCUGAUCUUUGUCUGCAGUUAAAUUAUCAUCUGCGGAUUCACAAUCUGUCUGUUAUUGAUGUCCGAUAAGUUUAUUGAUCAUUAGCCUAGUGCAAAGUAUAAAAUCCGGCACGGACAACCGCGUUACAUAAGCGUUUUUCUAAUAAACUUGGCAGAUUCAAGUUUCUUGAUUACUUUUAUACUGAUAUGUAUAAACAUGAUUAUUUAAAUAACUCAGUUGUUAAAAUUCAGUCACCUGAAACAUACUUCUUAUGUACCAGGCUAAGGACCAUGUUUAUUGUGUGAAGACUGAUAAUGCUGCCUAGUUGCCUUGGCUGAAGUAUUUGGAGCGGGGUUUGAACUUUUUUGUAUGAUCAUUAACACAUUAUAUAAAUAUGCUUCUUUGAAUUCAUCCCUACCCAGCUAAGCCUCUAAAUGAAGCAUAACUUAUUUUAUGAUGUUGGAUGGCUGGAGGCAGUGGGUAGAAAGCCUUGCCCAACGUAGGUUUCAUAGUUGUUGGCACUCACCAGUCAGCAAGGCGUACCUGUAACCUUGAAACUCAUGUCCCUUCUGAGAUUCGAACCCGCGUCACUCAGUGGGGCUGCAGUCAGAGACGUUACCACCGAGCUUUUCGAGCUCACUAUUUACUUCCUCCCUAGACACAUCACAUUAGCUACUGGUGUCCAAUCAAAGCAUAACUUUUUUUAUUUGUUUUUAUUUCGUCUACAGUUUCCUAAUGCGGCUGCUUAAACCGGUCUGGGUAACCCAUGGAUUUCUUACGAAGGACAAAGCUGUUGGUCGACCAAUAUAUAGUCUUGACAUACAUCCUGAUGGCUCACGUUUAGCUACUGGUGGAGUGAUUGACACAUGCGGAGUUGUCAUUUUGUGGAAUAUGGCACCUAUUCGUGAUCCAUCACUGGAAUCCGAUGAAAACUCUUGUCUCAAACUUUUUCAAAUGGACAGUCAUCAAGCUUGUGUUAAUUGUGUCCGUUGGUCACCAACUGGUCGUUGGUUAGCCUCUGCUGGAAUGGAUAAAGUUAUAAUGCUCUGGUCAAAAACAGCAGCUACUUCCCGUCCAAUUCAAGUAUUUGGGUCGAAAGAACCAACAAAGUUUACUGAACAUUGGCGUUGUGUAUCAACACUUCGUGGACAUAGUGGAGAUAUUAUUGAUCUUUCUUGGUCUCAUGAUGGUAAUCGGUUGGCCUCAACUAGUGUUGAUAACUCAGUGAUUGUAUGGUGCCGUCAAAAACUACCCAACGGUGGAGGUUAUGCAAAUAACUCGUUUUGUAUACAAGCAACACUGAGAGGUCAUCAAGGUUUUGUUAAAGGCGUUACUUGGGAUCCAGUUGGGCGUUAUUUAGCCAGCCAAGGAGAUGAUUUAACUGUAAAGAUAUGGCGUACUGCAGACUGGCAAGAGGAGGCCAGUAUUAGUAAACCAUUUGCCAAGGCUAGUGGACAAAGUCAAGUAAUGCGUUUGUCAUGGAGUUUAGAUGGUUCAACUUUGGCUUCACCACAUGCUGUGAAUAAUGGAUUUCCGACUGCUAAACUUAUCGAUCGAAAUAAUUGGUCACCAUGUUUAGAUCUUGUUGGACAUCGGAAACAUGUUAUAUGCGCGCGCUAUAAUCCAAAUGUUCUGCGGAAACAAGAUGGAUCUGGGCAUCCGGGGGCUGUUUGUCUUGCUUUGGGCAGUAAAGAUCGAUCUGUUUCUGUGUGGUCAACAGCUGGUCGUCGCGCUCGAAUUGUUGUUCACGAUCUAUUCACUAAUUCCGUUUGCGACUUAACAUGGAGUUCUGAUGGUCGUGAAUUGAUGGCUUGUUCACUGGAUGGUUCUGUUUGCUAUAUGGGUUUUACGCAUAAAGAAUUAGGAACUCCAUGGUCCCUUCAAGAAGUUAUUAAACUACAUCACAAAGUAUACGGACAAAGUUCACUAGAUAAAUUUCAUCCUAUUUCAUCGAAUGGUGUAUCAGCAGACUCAGGCGCAACGGAUGAGAAUAAAGAUAAUUCGGGUGUAUUAAAUGAAAGUGAUAUACUCCUUGAAACUCCAGAAGCUUUAGCAUUGCAGAAAACACAAGCUGAACUUCGUACUAAGUUAAAAAAUCCACCGACACGAACAAAACAAUUAAAGUCUCUUCCAACAGGGCCAUCUCAACAAAUUGAAACUCGGAGUAAAGAUGGUCGCCGAAGAAUAACACCGAAAUUCUUAGGUCAUUUGGACAGUCCUGAUGAUGACGGCAACUCCAAUCCUCAAUUCACAUCACCACAGCCUAGUCGAUCAGAAAGUAAAUCCAGUGUGGAAAUUGUUUCAGAGUCAACUUCAGAUUCAGGUAAAACGAUGAAAUCACCGUCAUCAACGAUAGCAACAGGAGCAGUGACAGGCAUGACAAGUGCAACAACGACAAGGAUAACACCAACAACAGCAACAACAACAACAAAUACUACGAUUACUACUGCUACUACUAUUAGUAGUACAACUACAAGUAACAACACUACAGUUUCUAAAACUGUCACAAGCGCUUCGAAUUCAACAGUUGUUACAGUUGUGGCAGUCAAUGGGACUACUGUCACUAAUGGUAAUAAAAAUAACAGCAAUAAUAAUAAUAAUAAUAAUAGCAAUAUUAAUAAACAACCUACUUCACAAGUUAAUCAUAAUACAUCUGUGUCAAAGAAUACCACAAUUGAAACAAAACGUGGCGAUGAAACAGUAUCAGUAUCGAAUACUGAUGUAUCAUUAAAUCAGCGAAAUGUUUCCUCGAAAACUGUUCCCAGUGGAGUACAAGCUCCAUCUACAACCACCAUAGCACCACUACCACCACCACAACAACAACCACAGCAACAACCACUCGCGUCGAAAAAGUUAUCAUCGGACUGUUUAGAACAAGAAAUCGGUAUCGAACAAAAACGUGCUCGUCUUGACACUAAUGAUAGCGAGCCACCAGCUCAAGUAGAUAAUGCUAAAUUGAUUAGUGAUGAAUCCGCGAAAGUAAACACUUCUAAUAAACAGAGGAAACGACGUGUUCGACUCUUUGCUGAAGAAGAAAAAUCGCCGAAAUCUGGAGCUGAUGCUACUUCUUCUAAACCAUCUGCUGGACAAAAUAAUAAAAAGGUAUGCUUUUCACCUGAGUCAACACCGCCAAAGCCGAAAUCCGUUACUAUAUCUAUUCCAGAACCGACCGAUAAUGUAUCGUCGACCAUACACAGUGCUGCGCUGACAGGUUUAACAAACCCUCCACCAUUUAUUAUCACUACUCCCGAUCAAUUGGGCAAUAUACCAAAAGUUCAAUUUGUCUGUUCAAACUUAGUAGAUGGACCAAUUGUUGUACAGUUGAUAAACUCCUCGAAUUCUCCUUCUUCUACAUCUAGUGAAGAAGGCACAAAAAUGUCCGCCUCAUUAUCAAGAAUAUGCGCUAAUCGUGGUGAUCGCCGUUUAUGGGAACUUGUCUCGUCUGAUCGUCUUACCUCUUAUGCUUAUUCAGAUGAAGUUAUUGUUAUCGGUGAUAGUAAAGGUCGGAUACAAUUAUUUUACAGCACUGGUGGUCGUGUCUGUCCUAAUCUCUUAUUGGAUUCUGUGCAUACCUUAGUAUUGACAAAUGAGACUACUGAAACUGGCCAGUUAUCAACAUCAUCAUCGUCAUCCGGAAAGUCGACUGAUUCAUCAGGCAAUAAUAAUAAUAAUAAUCAUCUUAGUCGAUUACAUGCAGUUGUCAGUGGUAAUGAACAACAAAAGCAACGGCAACAACCACGUACAACUCUUCUGCAUAAUGGAGGUUCUGUUGGCGCCACUAAUGCAUUUACUGGCAAUAAUAGUAUCAAUAAAUUCAAUGUGUCUCGUAAAUAUCGACUAGCUGCUUUAUGCCGAUCUGGAAGAUUAAUCAUAUGGAAUUUUUCACUGACUAAUUCUGGUUUAGGUUCAGUGUCUAGUAUAUUCAAUGCUUCUGUAUUUCCACAAAUACUUGUCGAAGCAAAUAUUAAAGAUAUUUUAAAUGGUGGCCAUAAUUGUCGAUUUAAUUCUCUAUCCUUUGGUCCAAAUGGAUAUCCUGUGGUAUAUUUACACGAUAAUUCAUCUUACUUAUUCCACAUAGAAAGUCGUAUUUGGAUUGAAUUGUUUGAUGCUUCGGAUACAGCGCGUUAUCAGUUCGCUGUGAACGUUGCACGUGGUUCUCCCCCAGGUCCAUUAUCUGCUUGUCAACAGUUGAGUAAAAUAGUCAAUAGUGGACUGAAGUCGACCUCUUCCACCGGUUCAAAUUCAAGUCUUAUUUCCGCAUCAUCGAGAAGAAUUUCGAAUCAGAAUUUCCUUGAAUCUCAAGCACAACUUGCUCUUGCAUUUGGAUCUUCAAAUGAAUAUCGUUACUGGUUGACAAGAUGGUUCCGUCAGCUUAUUGAAGACAAUGAAGAAGAACGUGUUCGUCAAAUCAUCCAAGAUCUUAUUGGUCCUGUACCAGUUGCUGGAUUACAUACAAGUUGGCAACCAGACGUUAAGGGGCUAUCAAAGCAUGUUUUAGCCAAAGAAUUAUUGAGUUUAUUCGCACUGAAUUUGCAUUUACAACGUCUAUACGUGGAACUGAAAGAAAUGCUAAAUGAAGCAACAUCAUAA